CGCUCAGUUCAGCUCAGAUCUUUGCCCACGACCAUGGCGCAUCGAAGUUCGCUCAGCAUGCGGCGUUUCGGUAUUUGUGGGCCUUACAAUCCACCAGUGGAGUUCUCUGCCUUUUGCCAUCAUGGAACCUGAGGAGACGCUGGACAAGAAACGCGAGUCGUUCGACGUCGCGGAGGACAGCGUCGAGGAUCAGAAUUUGGAUAGAUCCAAGUGGAAGACCACGAAAUGGGAGCUUUGGGCGUUUUAUCUGUAUUAUGUGGGAAACAACGGACUAUCUGGAUUCAAUUUUGGGCCCUCGCAGUUCCAGAACUUGCUAUUCCUGGCUGGAUAUGACCCGGCUCACCCGCCGUUUGAGGCUCCCUGUGGAAGUAACACGGGAUGCGUGCUGCCGUACCUCGGACGUGUGCGAGACAUAAAUUCUAUCGUUCUCUUGACGAACGGCAUAAGCUUCGCCAUCCAAGCUGUUGUUCUCUUACUCAUCGGCGCAUGGGCGGACUAUGGCAGGUGGAGGCCCAAUAUUACAAUAUUUUUCACGAUUUUAGCCGUCGCCGUCUCCUUUGCCUGGCUGGGCGUCGAAGAUCCCUCGAGAUGGAGAGCAGGUGUUGCACUGUAUAUCCUCGGUCUCAUCACCUACCAAUGCGCCUUGACGUUCUGGACCGCCGCAUUCCCUGGCCUCGCACGCGAUCUUCCCGAAGUCAAGGCUUCAGCACAGGACGUACUUGAAGGCAAGAAAACGCUCGAACAGGACGCUGCUCAUGAGUCGCUCCAACGCAACCGCAUAUCCAACGUCUCCUUCGCGGUGUGUUCACUCGGGGAAAUAUUCAUACUUGCCGUGAUGGUCGGAAUCCUGGAGGGUCUUCACGCAGGUGACAGUACGGAGAACAACACCAAGGCGUUCAGCGUACUUAUCGCGUUUUCCGGUGGAGUGUGGCUUCUAUGCGCCUUACCAUGGUUCAUUCUCGAGAAGAGGCGCCCCGGGCUAGCUCUCCCGCCACGCACAUCCUUCCUCACUAUUGGCUUCAAGCAAACCUAUGUCGCAUUCCGAGAAUGUCUCAGGUUGAAGCAGACGUUCUUGUAUCUCAUCUUCUAUUUUCUCAUGGGCGAUGUAUUAAACACGACUGUAACCGUGAUUGGGACUCUGCAGAACAGUGUUGUAUCAUAUUCGACGUUGGAUCUCACGCUACUCCUCAUCGUGGGCAUUGUAGCGCAAGGGUUGGGCAUAUACCUGUUUUGGAUCGUACAGAAGAAGUACAACAUCUCAACGAAAGCGAUGUUAUCCUUCAAUGUGAUCUGGAUAAUCAUCUUGACUAUUUGGGGUCUUAUCGGCAUACACACAAACGCGUUCGGCUUUAAGCACGUCUGGGAAAUAUGGCUGUACCAAGCGUACUAUGGCCUCAUGGUGUGCCCCUGGUACGCGUACAGUCAGACCAUGAUCAGCGAAGUAUCGCCUCUCCCUCAGAUGUUCCUUUUCUUCGCUCUUUUCUCCGUCGUGGGCAAGACCUCGGCUUUCAUCGGGCCUUUCGUCACUUCCGCGAUCAUCACCGACUCAGGGGAUAACAACAACAUGCCUUUUACCUUCCUAUUCUCCCUGGGUGUGGUGAGCACGGUCUUCCUUUACUUGGUUGAUGUGCCGAAGAGUCGGGUGGAAUGCGAGGAGUUCGUCAGAGCGGAGGCCGAAAGAAAGGCAUUUGAGGCCUCGAUCGCCACCACAGGUACGAGGGCGACGAGUGGCCAAGUGUAGACUGCUCCGAACCCCCGUACGCGCAUCUAUAAAAUCGCCAAAUAACUGCGGUAUCAUUUCGCGAU